AUGGAAGAAGAAAAUUCCGAGUCCGAUGAAUCGAAAACCGGCGCCGAUGAAACAAAAUCAACAAAUGGACAGCCGUUAACACCUCUUAAAGUUGAAUACUGCCGUUUCUGCUCAAUGCCUUAUGACUUUUGUGACUUUGGAGAUAAGUGGGAAACGGGCGUCUGCUUUAAGGAGUGUAGUACCAGGUACCCUGAAAUCUUCCCGCUUGAGCUUAUGACUCUGGACGGCCUAGGCUUCAGUACACUCAGCUUAAAGUCGAAAAAGAAGACACCCAAACAAGUUCCACAGGAAAUAUUCAUACAGAAAUCAGCUCGAACUAAAAGAAAAGUUAUUACUUCAAUUACUGGUCUACAUCUCUUCGGAGUGAAAUUGGAGCAAGCGGCUAAGUUAUUUUCAAAGCAUUUUGCGACAGGAGCCAACGUAAUUAAGGGUACACCUGGACAAUCUGACCGGAUUGACAUUCAGGGCGAUGUUGAGGACCCAAUUGUCGAACUCCUUCUUAGUAAUUACCCAUCAAUCACAGAAGAAAAAAUCACUAAACUACAACCCAAAAUGAAGUAA